AUGGCUAACACCAUAAGCCUGCUGGAAUACUUGCAGUGGGCGCCUCCUGCGCUUCCAAUUGGUGCUAUUGGGACCUCGCGGGAAAACACAACAAACACAAAUUAUAGUCCUGCGGAUAUCAAUGAAGUUGGUCGUUGGACCGACUUCAAUUUGAACACUAUCAUGAAUGAGUUUCGGCCAUUUUUGAUGGAGGUGAGGAUAGAAAGUGAAGUAAUGCCGACUCCACCUCGUGAGGUGCGCAACGAGGAACAAGUUAGGACACAAUUUAAAUGCUAUUUGGAUGCAAGAGUUCGGCGUGCGCUUCGCGUUUCUUUUCCGGAACUGAUAAAGCGAGAUGAGCUUGGAAACCGAGCCAUCAUAUCAUUUGAUGAAGAUCAAUUCAUACCCGAUACCGCGUACUUUGAACCCCGUCUUCCAGAACCAACUCGACCAAAUCGCGCGCCUGGGGAUAUCAAGACAUCUUGGAAAUGGAAAUAUACUCUCGGUUCAAGCUCAAAUCGUAAAGACCAAACCGAGUUCAAGAAGGUCCUGGCGCAAGUCAAUUACUACAUGAAACAGCAUAAAUCUCGCUACGGAUUCAUACUUACCAACACUGAGCUCGUCGCCGUUCGCAGGCGCGAUAGCAAUGGAAAUUUGGAACUCUCCAUGCCCAUACCCUGGACCACUCGUGGUAAUACCACACAGCCACAGUUAACCGUCUUGCUUGGUUUAUGGUAUCUCGGAAUGCUUGCUUCCAACAAUAUGACCUGGGAGUUGAUCUAG